ACGUGGCUGAGGACAGAGGACACAUCUGGCCCAUCGGGCGUUGUUGUGCCCCAUGAUUGCCGAAUGCUGCAGACGAGGUUGGACAGUUGGGCCAGUGGAGGGUUGGUGCAACAGUACGAGAUGUUGUGGGCGAGAGCGUUGUUCCUACUCUCAUACAAUAGCAUGCGCACACGGCUCCUAGAUGCGCCAUCGGGCUAGCUUUGGUCCUACUCUCAUACAAUAGCAUGCGCACACGGCUCCUAGAUGAGAUCUACCACGAGAUUUUGGUAAGAGUUGCGCCGAAGAAGGCGAAAUGGAAAAUCACAGGGAGUACCAUGAUGACAGAUGGGGCUACAUCGAGGUCGUUUAAGCCCGUCGUCAACUUCAUUGCAGCAGGUGAGGACGGGUCAGUCUUGACCACCACCGUUGACAUGUCGGAGAGGGACAAGACUGGCGUGGCACUGGCAGAUUUGUUGGAGGAGGUGAUUUGGGAUAUUGACGUUGACGUUGUCAAUGCGUAUUGCACUGACAAUGCUUACGCCAAUAAGGUGGCUGCGCAGCGGUUGCAGGACCAUCCGGACAGUGCCAUCUCUCGGAUCCCUUGGCUCCCCUAUUCUGGAUAAACCAGAUGCCGAAUGAAAUGGCCGGAUAUUC